AUGAUGUCAGCCGAUCAAAAGACGAAGGUUAAGGCAACUCUCCAGGAUGCGGAGGAGCCAGUAUCGGAGCAGAUAGGAGGACAGGUGCCCAUUUUCAAGCUGUUUCGCUAUCGCUCCCCUGGUGAGUGGUUCGCCGUUAUUGUGGGUAGCACUGCGGCCUUCUGCUCCGGCGGUGUCACGCCGCUUUUUAUGUACCUUUUUGGACGCAUGACGAACAAUGCUUACGACGACGAAUUGGCACCGCAGCUGACGCGCAACUAUGCGAUGUUGAUGGCGUGCGUUGGCAUCCUCUCGAUGGUGCUCGUCUUCAUCAAGACUGCGACAUACCAGGUGACUGCCACGCGCCUGGUCGGCCGCAUCAAAUGCGCCUACUUCUCUGCUGUCGUCAACCAGGACAUCAGCUGGCACGAUGGCCGCAAGCCUGGUGAGCUCAUUUCUCGUCUGACUGGAGACACACGCGUCGUCCUCAACGGCAUCAACGACCGCUUCGCCAGCUGGAUUGAGAACCUCGGCACCGGCCUCAUCGGCAUCACUUUGGCAUUCAUUGCGAGCUGGGAGCUGACGCUUCUUAUAAUGGGCUCCUUUCCACUCAUUGGAGCGAUGGUGUACUUCCUCUCUGCCGCGUCAGCUCGCCACGUGUCGGUGACACGCAAGCAGUACGCGAGGGCGAGUGCCAUUGCUCAGGAAGUCAUGCAGAACAUCAAAACAGUGCAGAGUUUCAACCGGGAGAUGCACGAGGUGGAGCGCUUCUCAGAAAUGGUAGUGGGGUCGCGCAAGGCGGGUAUUAAGAAGGACUUUCUCGUGGCGAUGGCGGGCGCUUCCGUGAUGGGAGUCAUUCUGUGCGUCAUCGGGCUCGCCUUUCUCCUCGCUGUGUACCUUGUCCAGAGCGGCCGCGCCGACGUCGGCUCCGUUGCGGCAACCUUUCUGACGGUGAUGAACGGCGCCAUGGGUCUCGGACAAGUGUUUCCAGCCCUCAUGUCCUUCGUAGAGGCGCGCGCAGCAGCGUACCCCAUUUUCACGACCAUCGAUGAGCAGCCGGCAAUUGACCUGAACGGGCCUGGCAAGGAGGCGACAUUUCAGCGAUGCAUUGAGAUGAGGAACAUCACGUUCGCCUACCCGACGCGUCCAGAUCAGGUCAUUUUCAGAGGCUUAAGUGUCGAGAUUCGCAAGGGCCAGAAAGUUGCGUUCUCUGGAUCGACAGGGUGCGGCAAGUCGACUCUCAUCAGUCUCAUUCAGCGCUUUUACGACCCCACAGAGGGUGCUGUCUACGUGGACGGGCACGAUCUCCGCGACCUAGACCUUAGGUCGUGGCGCAACCGCAUCGGCAUCGUUUCGCAAGAGCCGAACUUGUUCUCUGGUUCAGUGCUCGACAACGUCCGUAUGGGGCGACGCAGUGCCACCUUUGAGGAGGUAGUGGCGGCAUGCAAGCAGGCCCACAUUCACGAUAUGAUACUGACCCUGCCAGAUGGCUACGACACCAACGUUGGUGCUCUGGGCAGCCAGUUGAGUGGCGGUCAAAAGCAGCGACUCGCUAUCGCGCGUGCCGUCGUGCGUGGUGCCGACAUCCUCCUUCUGGAUGAGGCGACGAGCGCGCUGGACCGAAAGUCGGAGGUGGAGGUGCAGCGUGCCAUAGACGAUCUCACGCAGAAUAGCAAAAUGACGGUGGUCACGAUCGCACAUCGAAUGGCCACCAUCGCAAAGAUGGAUUGCAUCUACUUCCUCGACGGGUCGCGCUACGGUGGCAGCUCCAUUGUUGAGUGCGGCACCUAUGAGGAGCUCAUCCGCAUGAACGGCCGCUUCGCCUCGAUGGUGAUGAUGCAGGAUACCGCCAUGGGAAACUUGCGCACUGUGGUGCACGACACAAGCUUCUACCUCUAUCCAGGCGCUCUCGACGAAAAUGCCGGUGAUAGCGUGUCGAGUGUCGAUAGUUACUGCAGCGAUAACUCGUGGGACUCGAACAGCAAUGGCUUCUACGAAGAGGACGACCGGUGGAGUCAGUAUUCCAACGUCGACAAUGUCCCCUUCGAGCACCGAACUGAUUGGGAAGAGCGGAAGACGAGCGUGUCGAUGUGGCGCAUUAUGAAAAUGACGACGAGUCGCUGGUGGGCGAUUGUACUGGGUUUGCUAGGCUCCAUCCUCACGGCCAUCGUCUUCCCUUGCGUCGGCCUCACGAUCUCUCAGCUGAUCAACAGUCUCGGUAACUACCGCCAGACGCAGGACAAGAAGCACAUGCAGAAACAGGCAGCCCUCUACGCGAUUCUGCUCAUUCUUUUGGGCGCUGUCUACUUCCUGGGGGCUGUGCUCACGGGUUUCUACGGCUACGUCGGCGAGUACCUCACCUGUGAGCUGCGCUCGCUGCUGUUCCAGCGGAUUCUUCGACAGGACCAAACCUUCUUUGACAUGCCCCGUCGAGACCCCGGGGGAUUGACGACCCUUCUCUCUGGCGACUGCGAGGCAGUACAUCAGCUGUACGGCCCUACCCUCGGUUCCCGUCUCAGGUCUGUCUGCGCACUCGCCGGCGGCAUUAUAAUUGGCAUUUUCAUGCAGUGGAAGGUAGCGCUCGUGUGCCUGGCCACGAUGCCGCUGUUUGUUGGCAGCAUCGUUGCGCAGCAAAUCUUCUUUGCUGACUCAGAAAAGGUUCGCGAGAGUGGCAUCGACACGGUAGUGAACGAAGCACUCGGCUCUAUACGCACUGUCGCCUCCUUCAACAUGCAGAAUCGGGUGAUCAAGAGAUACAAGCGGAUCAUCAACAUCGCGGAGCAGACUGCCGAGCGCCGCAUCGUUCUCAUUAGUAUUCUCACCGGUGUGACGGAGAUCACACUGAUGGGAUCGAUGGCUCUCUCGUUUUGGUAUGGCGGAACACUCAUUGAGAAGAACGAGACCCACUUCAGCAACGUGUUGGUUGCUGCAAUGGCCAUCACUAUGGGUUCAACGCUGGCGGGUGCGGAGGCCGGCAGCUUUGCGACGAAGCUGCGCGAUGCGCGGGACUCGUCGAACCGUGUCUUCACUGUUAUUGACCGUGUGCCGGCGGUGGACAGUUAUGAGUACGGCAAGGUGAACUUCGAGGAGCAGGUGGGUAUCGCAUUCCACAACAUUAGCUUCGCGUACCCGGCGCGUGAGGGGGCAAAGGUGCUGAACAACGUCUCUCUCAACUUUCAGGCAGGCUCGUCGAACGGUCUGAUGGGGCAGACGGGUUGUGGCAAGUCCACCAUUGUGCAAAUUCUGGCUCGGUUUUAUCCUAUCUCGUCGGGCACGGUACUCAUCAAUGGCCAAGAUCUCAGCUUUCUCGACCUUGUCACGUGGCGCGACCAGCUCAGCAUUGUACUGCAGGAGCCCUCCCUGUUCAGCGGCACCAUCCGUGACAAUAUCAAGUACUCGUUGCCCGAUGCCACGGAGGAGGAGGUCAUUGAGGCAGCAAAGACCGCUUGCAUCCAUGACGACAUCAUGGAGAUGGACAACGGCUACGACACGGAGGUGGGCUACCGGGGCCAGCAGCUCAGCGGCGGACAGAAACAACGCGUGGCCAUCGCCAGAGGCGUUAUCCGCUGCCCAAAGCUGUUGCUGCUCGAUGAAGCUACCAGUGCCCUCGAUAGCAUAACAGAAAUGCGAGUGCAGCGCAACUUAGACUUGUUUCAGCGGCGCUUCAAUGUUACCACGAUCACCAUCGCGCAUCGCCUCACGACCAUCCGCCACAGUGACCAGAUUGUGCUUUUGGACAGUGGCAAGAUUAUCGAGCGUGGCACGCACGAGCAACUCCUGGCACUGGGGGGUGAGUAUAAAUCUCGAUGGGAACUGUCCCAUGCUUGA